UUGUCAACCGCAACGAUAUUGUCUGCCAAUGAAUCCGAGUAACGGCUCGACGUAUGGGACUGUAGUUCACGGCUCGAGUCUGCCAUCGGAUCCAUUUGAGCAAAUGGUCGCCGAAUACAGUGAACACCGAAACUCUUGGGAGGUGUUGAGGGCGUCGACUGACCACUCGUGCAGACCAGUGGCUGACGAGUGUAUGGCUCGUCCCUUACGGCCGGAACCGUUGCGACCAUCGCAUCACAUGUGGAGUCAUUGUCACCAAUCAAUGGAACCGCUGACCAUUCAAUCGAUUAACUACUGCUCACAUGGCGUCGAAUCGGCGCCCGAUAUAACGCUUACCACCGAAGCAGACAAUACUGUAAAGACUAUCGUUGAGGACGAGUCGGACACAGAGGUUGUGGUCUAUAAUCAUAUCACG